AUGCUUAGCCUUAACCGCCGAGAAGAAGAGUUCGAUUCCAAGCUAGACUGGGACAACUUUUUAGAGCAGAGAGAGGAGAUUAUAUUCAACCUUGUCAACAGGAUUGACGUCGCGAAAACUGAGGCCGAUCUUCAGAGCUAUGCAUCGGAGAACAUGAAGUCUAUCCGUGCCAACCAAGCUCUCGAAGCUAAAGAAGUCUCCUCGUUCCAAGAACGCCAGAACCAAGAACAAGAGCUAGCACGUCUGCGGCGCCAGGCCGCUAAAGAGGAAUACGAAAAUGAGCGGAAAGAGCUAUUAGCCGGUCGGGAAAAUUAUCUCAACAGCCUUGCGCAAGGACGAGCAGGAGAGGCGGCCGCAAUCGCGCGACAAGGCCAGAAAGUCAUGCUCAAGAAAUCCUCAGCUCGGCGCAGCGAGGAAGAGCGAAUCAGACAGAAGCAGGCUGCUCUACGUGGAACAGACACCCAGAGGCCUGCCUAUUCUGGUGCGACCACAGCCGAAGAAGGCGGAUCGGGCCUGAUCAAGGGUCUCAAGAAAGUCAAAACUCCAGAGCCCGAGAAGCCUUACGAUCCCUUUGGCGGAAUGGUUCCAAAUAAGAGAGACUAUUAUACAUUGCGAGAUUACUAUCCAUCCUCGUAUCUUGAUCCUAUCCGUCAAGAUACACGGAUGCUCGCGGGCGGAUAUGACCUUCAAGAAUAUUACUCACGAACCAUGCUCGAGGCAUUUGCGGGCUUAGGUUGCUUUGUUGACGAGGAGGUUCCGAUGCGAGAAGCAAACUCCUUCAACAUUAUGAAGCCUAUUGCCACACAGGGAGCUGUUUUAGCGGCGGGAUCUGGUGAGGGUAGUGCAUGA